UUCUCGUUUGGAAGCUCCUUCGCUGCUGCAUCGGACAUGGCAUCUUCGAAGCGGAAGCGCGACGCGAUAGCCUCGGAGGAAGAUAACCUAAACGGCGCAGAAAGUGGCGGUGGUAGUGAUAAGAGCAUCGCCGGCAACAGUUUCUUCGAUAUCUAUGGACCUGAUGCUAAAGCGGAGAUUGAGUUCAAACAGCCGGAAUCGACGUUGAAUCUACAAGACGUUCAGGGACUUGUGACUUGGGUUCUUGCUGAAGGGUAUAUGCCAUCAUGGGCAUUUAUCAAGAACAAGCCUCUCAUUCCAAAGGUUGUCCUGCUCUACCUUCCUGGAUUGGACGCGGCUUUGUAUUUAUCACAGUCUAAAUUACUUUCCAGUUUCAAAACAUGUCUUGGCAGACCUAGACCCCUUUUAGCUUUGAGUUGUGUAUUAGAUGAGAUGAAGACAAUCGAUGCUAUCCUCACGUGCAAGGUUAAAAGGAAGAGAAAUAUUUCUGGUUCAGAAGAAAAACAUCUCCAAGCAUCUGAGCCAGAACCAUGCAAUGCUAUGCAGAUUUUUUCCUUUACGGAACUCACAAAGGAUAUACCUUUUCCUAUCACGUACUAUACUUUAAGUCGAAAGGAAAUGGAAAACAAUGGAUACAUUCUUGAUAAACCAGGGUCAAAUCAAUUACCGGUUAACUUUUCAUCUACAGAUUUUUUCCCUACUCUUCCUGCGCCAUCAGGGUCCUCUCCCCAUGAGAUUUUGGCUCUUGACUGUGAGAUGUGUAUUACAAAGGAAGGCUUUGAGUUGACAAGGGUGACGUUGGCAGAUGUCAGAGGACAGGUUCUAUUAGAUAAACUAGUCAAGCCAUCAAAUCCCAUUACUGAUUAUAACACAACGUUUAGCGGAAUAACAGCUGAGAUGAUGGAGGGAGUGACUACAACUCUUAAAGAUAUUCAGGAAGAGUUUUUGAAGCUGGUUUCCAAAGAGACGAUCUUAGUUGGACACUCCUUGGAAAAUGACUUGUUUUCUCUGAAGAUCUCUCAUGAUAUGGUGAUUGACACUGCGGUACUAUACAAGCAUCCCCGCUGUGGGUCCUUCAAAACUAAGCUGCGGGUUUUAGCAAAAAAGUUUCUUUCUAGAGAGAUACAAGUGUAUGGAAAUGGUCACGACAGCAUUGAGGACGCAAGAGCUGCCAUGGAUUUGGCACUCUUGAAGAUAAGACAUGGACCUGAUUUUGGUUCGCCACCAGAAAUGGUACGGAAAAGGCUCCUCACUGUUUUGUCUGAAAGCGGGAAAACCACUUCUAUCAUUGACAAUAUUAACAUUGUAAAACGAUUUGCUUCUGAGUCAUCAAACUCAAUUCCAGUUUCUUCUGAUGACGAAGCAAUUUCAAAGGCCGUCAAGGAGACGAAGAACAACAGGUCGCAAUUCAUUUGGACCCAGUUCUCAGAACUGAAUGCCCAUUUCCAGAGAAAGGCGGAUAAUUCAGAGAAACUAAACACAAGAUUAGCGGAGUUAAUCUCGUUACUCACGUGUAACGACAAAUCUAACCCCAAGAAAAGCCGCAAAAGCAGUGUUUCGUCUGAGACAAAGGAAAUCUUGAAACGAAUGGACGCUAGAGUCCAUGCCCUUUACACUGCAUUACCCACAAAUGCCAUGUUUAUUGUCUGCACCGGACAUGGAGACACAGCUAUUGUGCACAGAGUACGGAAAAUGCUGAGAGAACAGAAGGAAACCGAGCUUUGCCGGGAGAAGAUCGUGAAGGUUCUAGAAGAACUUCAAGCACAAGCUGAGGUAGCUCUCUGUUUUGUAGGCAUCAAGAAAUGAGCAUAGGCAAACACAUUCUAAAUUAAGGAUGGACGUUUCGGGAAUCGGUUCAGAAUUUCAAUACAAUUAUUAUUCACCGAAUUAUAAAAUCAUGUUCAAAUAUUUUAUACAUUAUGCUAUUUUUUCUCAGAAGUUUUUGUAAAAGAGUAAUAUCAAUUUUAUUAAAUGUUGAAUUUUUUUA